UGUCCUCGUGUCAUUCUCAUCAUCCAAGCAAACGCACAAUUCAUUUCGAUUCUCCCCAUUUCGCAUCAGAAGCAGCAAGAAAUGGCAGAGCCACUGUUUGACCCUUUUGCCCUGCGAAAACACACAUUACACCCCGCUUUGAGCCACAACAAUCUAGUGGCAGAUGAUGUCGUUACAGAGAUAUUCGAUUCGUUCCUGCAGUCGCAGGAGUUUCGUGCGUGGUCCGGUGGCACAAAAUCUUGGCAGCUAGAGGUCUUCGGAGAUCCGGGGAGCGGCAAGACAACAUUCGCUGCUAUCGCUUCGACUCAUCUACCACGAGUGAUAAACGGCGCAGAAACCGCCAUCGCUUCUGUCUCAAUCUGCGAUCGUGUCGAUUCUGCUUCACUGAACUUUGUCGAAGAUCUGUUCCAGUGCAUACAUGACUCGUUCGAUGCUGGCUCCAACGAACGUUGCCAGAAAUAUCAGCGUGCGUGUGAUGAAGGAAAGCCGAUAGCUGAAAGGAUCGAAUGUUUGAUCGAGGUGUUGCGCUCUUCUAUUCCCGGACAAACCAAAUUCCUCAUACUGGACGGUUAUGAUCGAAUGAACCAAGUUUUGCAGUUCACUGUUGAUCAGUAUUUCUCGCGUCUCCAGGAGAGCGGCGUGAGACUAAUGACAACUUGGAGAGUCCCAAGGUUCUGCUUCCCUUCCAAUGAAGAGUGUGAUAGAUGCGGAUCGGACUAUUGCAAGUUGUGGUGGGAAUGCAAACAGUGCGGCGACUACUUAUGUUAUUAUUGCAUGGCUGAAGAGGAAGCUAAUUCUUCACACGGUUGUGGAAGCGCAGACUUCAGAGAGACAUAUUCUCGCGUCAGCGCUGAUCUAGGGGGAGUCCUGCCAGACGCCGUUCUAAUCAAGAAAAUCCAGCAACAUCAAAUCCACAUGAACUCGGAUAUAUGCCGGAGAAUUAUUGAUCAUAUCAAGCUCAGGGCAGGAGCAAAUAUCACUGUGGCGUUGCUAUAUCUCGAGGACAUUCUUUCUCAAGAUAACGCUGCAUCUUUUAACGCAGAUCGCGUCAGCGAUAGGCUCCCAAGAACUGUUGUCGCUUUUUUCAACGAUGAGAUGAAAUUGAUCGAGGAUCUGCCGCAUUCUCAGCGCUUGCCGACACUCGUCACUAUUGCUGCUGCAACUGAUAAAUCAUACGGCAUAGGCAUGGAGCAGCUUGGACCACUGCUUGAAACCGUUCAAGAAGCUAAAGUGGAUUUGAGUUACCCUAGAGGGAUCGAAGAUGUUCUUAGAUCAGCAAAUGGGUGGCUUCAAAUCCAAAACAAGAAACCUAGAGCUAUUAGCUUUGCUUGUAGCCCUUCUUUCAGACUUUAUGUUCAAGAGGACUACAAUGAUAAUUUGAAGUCAGCCAAAGACUUAUUCGAGCAUUCUGAGGGAGGAGAGUCUCAUAACGAUACGAAUAAUCCCCCACCAGAAAAGUCCCCACCACAACCUAAUGACAAGGCGGAAGAAAAGCAAGCCUCUCCAAAUGUAGAUCAUGCGAGAGAAGCAGGGGGUUCCAGUGUGGAUAUGUCUACGGAGUCGAAAGGCUCGUCACGUGAGCCCGCGAAACAGGUCUGCAACUUCUGCGUAAGCAGCAUAUUCGAAUCAACAAUGUCAUCGGGUCAGCACCAUGUCUCAGCACGCUUGGCUAGAUCAGCAGCUGAGGUGGAGAAAUGCGCAAUCUGCACUUCUCUAUAUCCCCACGAAACCUUGGACAGUGAUUCAAAUUGGCCACUGUACGCCUGGAGCUUGCAGACUUCACCACGCGCUAACUCCCCUACAUUGCGAUUCCGGUCCAUCCAUGGAGAUCUCAAACCCCAUGUGAUCUCACUUACCUCCAGCGACGACUAUCCACUUCCAUCGCAUGUUCGAUUAGGCACAACUACAGAUCCCGCGCAGAACGGUGGAUACCAGAUCAAAGAAUGGAUCGAGAAAUGCGUCAACGACCAUGCCGGCUGCCACGUGGAAUCUCAUGGUGGGAAUCCUGAAACCCCGUUUCUACCAACUCGGCUCAUCGAUGUCGAAACUGGCGAUGUCAACCUCGUUCGCCUGGUGGAAACGAAAGUCCCAGGCGUCGACAUAAAGGGGCCAUACUGCACCUUGAGCCACUCAUGGGGGCCUGCAGAAAAAGCCUUCUUAUCCACAACUGUGUGGAACAUGGCAAAGCAUCUAAUCUAUGGAAUCCACAUGUCUGAGCUUCCUGAUAACUUCCAACACGCCAUCGAGGUCACGCGUUUUCUUGGGAUUAGGUAUAUCUGGAUAGACAGUUUGACGAUCGUGCAGAAACCGAUGGGUGAUUUCAAGGUGGAAGGGGAGCUUAUGCAUCAGGUUUAUAGGAAUUCAUACUGCAAUCUGGUUGCUGCGGACUCGUGGCAUGGGUAUCAAGGCUUUUACAGACAGCGCAAUCCGCAAGCCACUCUGCCCGUGACUUAUCGAGGAACAGGUGCAAAUCGAAUUCUAGGAAAGAAAGAGUGGGCUGUCGUUCCUACAGAUAUGUGGAAAAAGGAACUUUUGGAUUCGUUCAUAUACACUCGUGCAUGGGUGUUCCAAGAACGCAUGCUCUCACCGCGCCUUCUACACUUCACCAAGAAUCAAGUCUUCUGGGACUGUGAAACGCUCUCCGCUUGUGAGGUAUUUCCAAACGGUAUACCCUUCUCGCUCGAUCACCAAGCAAGUACAGAUCGACACUGGCGCGGUCGCCUAGGCCAAAGCCAGUCAGCCUUGACAGGCUUUUCCGGAGCAAACGACGAUGAGAGCUCCUACACAUUCUGGAUGACUGCGGUUGAAUCGUACACCAGUUGCAAUAUUACAAAUCAGGGCGAUAAGGCCAUUGCAAUAUGGAGUAUUGCGAAGUUGAUACGCGAUACUUUGCAAAACGAAACGUAUGCUGUGGGCAUGUGGUCACAGUUCCUAGAGGAACAGUUAGCAUGGAGAGUACGUGAUGUCGAGAAAAGCGAACGGGAUCCUCAGCUCCAGAAAGAUAUCCCCAGUUGGUCUUGGGCUAGCGUCAAAAGUCGUAUAUCUCCUGCACAUCGUAUUGUAGAGAGGACAUACAAAGCCAAGAAUCAUCAAGGCGGCGAUUUGAACUUCACACUCAAAGAAACCGUCAAAGCUCUGGAUGGGCAGCCGAAACAAGAUAAAGAUAGUGUACAGCCAGAACUCGCAAGCAAAGCCCUGGCAAUCACAGGGCACAUCAAGACCGGAGCGCUGUCGACUAAAGACGACAAUCUCCGCCUCCAGUUCGUGACUGGUGAUCAAAAGAUAGAAUUUGAUGCAUUCCUAGACGAAUCGCUCGACCGCAUAGAUAUCGACCUCAGCGCAUGCGAAUUCGUCAUCAUCGCCGCUACGCGCUCGCCCCUCAAUGAGUUCUCUGCUGGUUUCCAGGAUGACUCAAAUGAAACUGCGCCUCCUCCAACAUACUCCGGCUUUGGGAUUCUCCUAACUAAGCGAUCAAAGUGGUUUGAGCAUCAGCAAGAACGUCUUCGUAUGUUCAAAGAAGAAGUCGCGGGUAGAGAGAUGGAUAGAGGUGAAGGAUGGAAGAUGGAAGCAUUCGAUGCACUAAUGUUGACGAAGCCAGCUGUUGAAGGUGAGUUGGUUUAUAGAAGGGUGGGGAUUCUGCAGUUCACAAAUUGCACAGAGAGUGCGUGGAAGGAGUUACAGCGAGGUGAGGCGGUGAAGUUUUGGUUGGAAUGA